GUUUGCAACUCUCUAUGUUUUGCACUGAUGACCUAAACGUAAUUUCUAUGUGUAUUACUUUUCUUUGAACUGAAUCAUAUUUACCUGUGAUUUCAUAAGCUCUUUUAUUCCUGGUAACCAAUUUUGCCAAUUCGAUAUUCCUUAUUCAUUGGUUUGUUCAGAACCGAACGCAUGUUUCUCUUGUUAUUUUGAUCAAACGUAGGUAACUGAUGAAACAUUAUAUUUGGCUAUGAGAUACUAUAUAUAAUGGUUACGUUAUUCAAUUCACGCCGUGAGGUUUCAAUCUCAGACAUGGCAACAGUUUAGCUUAUUUAUUCGGUAUGAUAUCAUCACAGUUCUAUAGAUUGAUUGCCUAAGGCAAAAUGAACAACAAGUAUAAGAUAUUAUCUCCUUACCCACGGGGAAAAAAAAUAAACCAAUAUAUCCGGAAAAGCGUGGGACAUAGAUGCUUAUAUUGGAUAAAUUCGAUUAGGUGUGUAUGACGCCGGUUUCAUUCAAGUCUGCUGAUACUUAGGUCGUAUAAUGGUAAUAUUAUUUAAGAGAUUAUUAUGCUGGCUAAUUUUGCCGUAUAUAUGCAGAACUCCGGUCAGAAUUUCAUCAUUUGAACAGUGCUACAGGCUGUUGUUUAUUCACUUUCUAAUUGUUUAAAACUACCUCUUAUAAUAGGCAAAGUCUUUAAAUUCAGUCUAAAUGGUUCAAACUGUGUGUCCACAAAGACAUAAACGAAAGUCUAAGAAUAAAUGAGUUGAUACCAUUAUUAAUUCAAGUCUUUAAAUUUUCUGUCGCACAGCGCCUAAUUGAUGAAAUGAUAACCUGUUUGCAUGUUUAUUUGUAAUUUAAUUGUUCAGGAAAAAACUUAUAAUGAAUAUAGUCAUUAACUUCGGGUUGGUAUUUGCCGUUUUCGGCGUAGCAUUGGGGCAGGACGACUACACAUUUGUUUGUGGACCCAUGGAAGAUACGGAAAUUGGUGAAAUAGGGUGCAGGGUUGCCGAGGGAAAAGAAUUGAAGGGAGUGAAAGGAGAUAAGGGAGAUCGUGGAUUAUUAGGUCAAAAGGGAACAAAGGGAAGCCGCGGCCCCUUUGGAAACUUUGGACCGCAAGGACCAAUGGGAAGAAUGGGUGUACCAGGAAAGCAAGGACCCCCUGGGCCCCCUGGUGAAAUGGGGAAGCCUGGUGAUGGCGACAAAGUUGAUAAAUCGGAGUUUGAUGAUUACAAAAGAUACAUGGAAGAAAAACUGCAGAUAUUACAAGAUAAUCUAGAUAGCUUAAAAAGUUGUUGCGUUGAUAAGGAUCAGAUUGAACCGACUACGGAAACAACAACUGCGACAACGACAAACCCAACGACUCCUAAACCAUCAGACAAUUGUUUCAUGAUUUACGGGGAUAAAUGCUUUUCUAUUAACGGACGAAAGAACAACUUGCGCACAGUAGCUGAAUAUGUCUCCGCUUGUGAAAGUGAGGGAGGAGCAGCUGCAAAUUUAUAUAGUACAGAACACUAUACCUUAAUGAUGGUAGCAUUACGAGAGAAAUUAAACCGAAACAUUUAUGCUAUGCUUGGAAUGAAGUACAAUGUUCAAGAACGAAAGCUACUAUUUUCCAAUGAAACCGAAGCAACUUUUGACGUAGUAUGGAGACCCGAGAACCCAACAUUCCACCCAUCUCAUACAUAUGUUCAAAUAUACAUGAAUCAAAACGUUAGCUCUCCACAGGGUUUAUACAACAGAGCUUCUAAUCAUAAUCGUGACUACGGAAUAUGCGAAUUCGCAGUAAAGGCAAAAGAUGAUGUACCUAGCUCACCCUGGGACAUAACUGAUCCAUGAAUCUUUUCAUAUAUAUACUGAAAUUAUAUUUAAAAUCUCUAAAAAUCUUUAACAAGAUGCUGUGUCAUUAUGUCCAAUUCAAUCUUUAUAUUUAGGACAAGUAAAACGAUUAUUAUCAUUUCUUCUCAUUUCUAUUGAAAUGAACAUAGCAAAUUAAAUAAAGAAUUUUGAAUCGGAAAAUGUUUAUGUCACGACCUUCUAAGAAUUUGUGUUGGUCUCGACGUAAUAAAUAGCUGAUAAAAUAAACAAAGCUGCUUGCACAGUA